CGGAGGAUUCCAGAUCCACACUCUGCAUCGUCCAGUGGGAGACCCCCAGCCCACAGCCUGGGUUUGUGUGUUUCAGUCCUGGCUCUUGAGCCCUUAUAAAAGAGACCCUGCUCCCACCCCGGCCCUGCCAUCUCCUGCUUCCUCUCUUCCAUGUCCACCUGCCCCAACGUGCUGGGGGCGGGGCUGGUGCUCUAGGACAGGAAUUCUGGUCCUGGCUCCCACCCUGGGUGUUUCUCUCCUGCAAGUCAGCCCUAAAAUGUCCAUUACUAGAAAAGAAAAGGAAAAUGCUCAUUUGAAAGAAAUUCUUCUCUUAGGCAAUGCUGAGACAUUCUCCUAGCCCCAGCCCCACAGAGCUCCAGCGAGUGACGGACAACAGCUGACGGGGAAGUUGUCGGUCCUAGCCAGGGCUGGAGGCGAUGCCUGUCUGUGCGGCUGGGAAAGCCUCCUCCGUGGCUGGAGCCACUGCUGA